UUUUAUUUAUUUAUUUAUUUUGCGUAAAUACCUCAACAAUUACCCGCUGAAAUCGUGAAACCUAACGUCGGCAAACAGGGAGAGUCGCAAAGAUGCUACAGGGCCACGCGCAGGCGAUCGUGCCGUCACCGGCGAGACUCGGCCUCUCUAAAGCAACAUCUCCCUCGCUUCCCUCCCAAGCCCCUAACCCUAACCCUAACCCUAACCCUAAUUUAAAGCCCACUCCUUUCUCCGCCUCCUCUACGUCCGCCCCCGUCACCACGUCCUCGUCCCUCCUCUCUCUCCUCCCUCCGCUUCCUCGGGCCCAAUCCCUUCUCCUUCAGAUGGCUUUACUUUCCGGCAAACUCUUCGAAGUUUCACCCCACCGCGCCCUGUGGGCCUCCGCCCGCGCCGGAGGUCCGCCGACCUUCCUCCCCGGUGCUCAGUCCCAACCUCUCUCCCUCGAUCCUCGCCACCCUUCACCACCCACCACAACCAAAGAGGUCCUUUCUCUCUUUACCUCCUUCCAGACUCAGCUUUUCGAGUCCGUCGCGGAGCUUCAGGAGAUACUUGAUCUACAAGAAUCCAAGUUGAAGAUAGCUCGCGAGAUCCGCAACAAGGACAGCACCCUCCUCGCCUUCACGCGCAAACUCCACGAGGCCGAGCAGGUUCUUGAUCACCUCCUCGACGAUUAUUCCGACUACCGCCGCGAUCCCAAGCGCUUGAAGGGGGAACCCGGUGAAGCCGACUACCAAUCCUCUCUACACUCGUCGUUGGAUCUGAACGAAGUCUUAGCUUACGCCCACCGAAUCAGCUAUACCACGUUUGCCCCGCCGGAGCACGGCGCUGGCAUGGCGCCGCUGCGCGGCGCCCUCCCGCCUGCACCUCAGGAUAACGAGAUGCGCGCUUCACAGUUGUAUCACUUUGCUGACCUUGAUGUUGGGGUACCAAAGAAGGCCCCAGAGGGCAAGGAGGGUGCUGCAGAGAAGAUCACAGAGUCGCUCAUAGAGCCCACUCCGCCGCGGGAAGAGGCUCCCUUGCAUAUUCCUCCGCCCAUGUUGCCCAUCACUGUGCCGCCUGGAUGGAAGAAGGGGAUGCCAGUGGAGCUUCCUCUCGAGCUUCCACUUGUGCCACCUGGCUGGAAGCCUGGGGACCCUGUACCAUUACCGCCACUGGAAGGGGUUGUGGUUGUAAACAAGGGCGACGAGCAGCGUGUAGGUGGUGUGCCGUUGCUGUCAGGAUUACUGCUACCGCAGCCAAAGGCCCCGGAGCCAAUUCAGGUCAAGUAUGUGCAGCUUGAUAUAAAUCCAGACCAGGAUGAAUAUAGCAGUGAUUAUAGCAGUGAAGUGGGCAGCUCAGAGGAGGAUGACGAAGAAUGAUAUUUGUUGUCAAGGUUUGCGGAUAAAUGUUUUACUACUGGAAAAAGCCAGCUUUUUUGUGAGAUUUAUCUGCAUAGGCUCACAGUUUGUUAAAAAUUAAGAUGUUGGGCUUUGAAGUUUUUGUGGUGUCUCGUUAAACGAGUAAUUUAUAUAUAAUUAUCAGAAAACCUUUUCAAGUAUUAGAAUUGUGAGAUUUUUCACUUAUCGCUGUAACAUGCUUACCAGAAUGGCCAGACUUAAAUGGCCUUCUUAUGUUUCAUUUGGUUCCAUGAAGUUUGGAAUCCUUGUGGAUCUGCAAAGUCUAUUCUCAUAGUGAUGGACUUGUAUAUCAUUUUAUUUUGUUUGGUUGAAUGUCUUUUUUAGCGA